CGCUUGCCGCGCGACCACCUCUCUUGUUAAGUUUCAGAAUCGGUAACGAAGGAAAUGACAAUGUCGCAAUCGGUAACUAUCAGGACUCAUACGGUUACCAAUAGUUCCACAGCAGUUAUCAUCAACACUGGUUACUUAAAAACGUUGGGCGGUCUCCUAAAGUUGUUCCAAUUGGCACUGGGAGUAGUUUGCGUGGCAAUAAUAGCAAAUUACUUUGGGCCUUAUCGGCAGUAUUCGAAUGCCGCAGAGUUAUUUUUCUUAUUAAUGACGACGUCAUUUUUAAUCGGAACCUUCAUUUUGCUACUAAGUUGCUUGACUUCUCCUUCAACGUCUACCAUUAUCGCAAAAACCAUCUACGAACUUCUCUACCAUUCUAUAGCAUUUGGAUUGUAUCUGGCCGCAUCGUUAACAUUUAUAAUACACGUAUCUAAUAUGAAAGGUUAUGCACAUUACGAUACGCUAAUGGCUGGAGCGAUCUGUGGUUUGGUGAACGCAGCUCUGUAUCUUAUCAGCACGAUCGUCGCUCUUCGUACUUACAGAGGAAUUUAAAUAUGUACUUUUAACUCAGGUUAAGGUUGACAUUUUGUGUACGAGUGUUACAAUCGGACUACGCGACUUUUUAUACAAAACCUUUCAAUUUGAUAUACGAAGAUGUUUGUCGUGUUUUGUAU